GCGCAUCGCGACCAUCACCUUUGAAGUCGAGCCUGCCUCGCAAUUGGCAAAAACACAAUCCCGACACCAUCCCCAGCAAACGCAAACAACUACACUGUAAACAGACACUUUAAAGAAUAUGACUGCUAUAUUCAACGAAGGGAACAUGGACGUUGGUGGAAAUCAUCGGAUUGAGCCUGAUCAUGAAGGCUUAUCCUACCACAAAUGGUACAAUAUACCAUGCGCCGAUCUUCUUGCAGCAUCGAAACAGCAGUUGGUGGUGAUUCCCGGGGAUGUAUCUGUUGAGCAAGCUUGCGAGACUUUGAUUAAGAAUGGGAUUUCGUCUGCGCCUGUUUGGGAUAAGGAACGGAGCACUUUUGUGGGAAUGUUUGACUACCGGGACGUGGUCACCUAUGUGCUAAUAGGACUAAGCAAAGACGCACCUCUCGACGAUUCAACACCGAUGGAGCUGAAAGAGUUGGUAAAACGGGCACGUGCACAUCAACCCGUUCCAGCAAAGCUUGCAGCAGAUAUCUCACACAAAAACCCGUUUUAUUCCGUCAUGGAGGAAACACCCCUUUUGCAAGUCGCAGAUCUUUUCUCCAAGGGAAUUCACCGUGUCGCAGUGAGGGACGGGGAAUUGAGAGGCAUUAUUUCACAGAGCACUGUUAUUCAAUAUUUGUACAAUAAUUUGAAGCUGUUUCCGGAUGUUCAGCAAAUCUUUGCUAAACCGUUACGCGAACUGGGUCUGGGUAGCAAAUCCGUCGUUGCAGUCGACGCGCAAACAACCGUCCUGGAAGCCUUGAAAAUCAUGGCCAAAAAUGAUGUGUCUUCUUUAGCCGUAUUGAACGACAGUGGUGGCAUCGUGGCGAAUUUGAGCAUGUCAGACAUCAAAUGGGUCAUGCGAUCAUUUCGGUUUAAUUUGCUCUGGGAGACUUGUUUGCAUUUUGUUGGGUUCAUUGAUUCCGAACAGGGCCUGAUGGACGGGAAGGACAAGCUUCCUGUCUUUGACGUUCUUGAAACAUCAACAUUAGGCUAUGCUGUUGGGAAGAUGGUAGCAACACGCGCACACCGCGUCUGGGUUGUGGAGCGGGCGGGCGGACCACCUGUGUCGGUGGUGACGUUGACGGAUGUAUUUAGGGUGAUUACGCCAGCAGAUAAGAUGGAGGAAGAAUGAGCUUUUGUUUUUUCUGAUUUGGGGAGAGAGUGGAGUUUGAUGGUUUUCGGGGGCAAUCGGCCUUCUAUUCCGAGGGAAAACAGGUGAUUGUGUCGAUGAGCAGCAUACCAGUCAUGAAAACGUUUCCCAAGGAUAACGUGGUUGUGUAAAUUUGAUAUUCCAUCCGUAAACUUGUAAACUUGGGUUGGCACGGUUAUUCCGCUGGUGGAUAUCUUCAUCUCUCUAUAUUCGAUUGAACUAUCAAUCCCAUUAAUGGUCGAAAUCAU